AACCUUUUUACCACUUAUGAAAGGGUUAUUUCAGUAGACUUAUUGCCCACCAUGUUUGUUUAUUCAAGGUACGAUGAUUUUGCCUGGACAAGCAUGAGGCCUGUGGUUGAAUCCAGUUACAUUGGGCAACAACCCCCUCUAAUAUUUACGAAAGUUCCCAUCCGGAAUCACCUUCAGCUUCUGUUUGCAAAUUUUCACACCCCAUGAUUGUGGCAGUUGUAGAUGGAAGAAGACUUUGCAUAGAUUCUUUGUUAGACCCCAUAUGGUGAUAAACAAUGGCAUCCCUCCUUCAGUCAUGAAAUAUGCCCUAGUGGCUACAACAGAGUUCUUCAACUUGCCCAUUGAGGAGAAAAUGCUGCUAUUGUCAGAUGAUGUUCAUGACCCUGUAAGCUAUGGCACCAGCAUAAAUCAUAGAAACAACAAAGUUCACUUUUGGAGAGAUUUCAUCAAGCACUAUUCCCAUCCUAGCUCAAAUUGGAUCUAUUUAUGGCCUUCAAAGCCUCCAAGUUACAAGGAUAAAAUGGGAAACUAUGCCAAGGCAGUGCAAAUGCUACAAAAGCAACUAAUGGAAGCUGUUAGAAGGCUCAAAUUUAGAGCGUGGCUACUUACAAGAGGAACUUGAAGAAGGCUCAAAGUAGGAAUGCCAUGAUUUAUCACUUGGAAAAAUAUAAGUCUUUAAAUGGCCAAAGCUCAAAAAUGAAUGAUCAUGCAUGCA